CUCCCUCCGCUUCCAACUUCCAAGGCUAAGCUCGUAGGCGGACGCCACCUGCUGCUUUGAACCCUUUUCCUGCGAAACAGAAACGACUACGAUCCGCGACGAAGCGAUGAAGCUUCGUGUCCGGUCCACGGCGACGAAGGAGACGCUCCGGGUCGAGGCCCCCGACGCCUACUCCCUUCACGACCUCAAAUCCCUAAUCGCCGCCAAGCUUUCUCCCUCGGUCCCUCCCGAUUCGAUCCGCCUGUCCCUCAAUCGCACCGACGAGCUCCUCUCCCCCUCCCCGGGCGAUUCCCUUUCCUCCCUUGGCCUCACCUCCGGCGACCUCCUCUUCUUGUCCCUCGCCCCUGGCCCUCAAACCCUAACCCCAGAUCCAGCCCCGAUUCCACCGACAGAGAGCCCCGAUUCCGACGCCCCUUCCCAGAAAGAUGCUAUCUUGAAGACCGCGGCGACACUAGAUUCGAACCGACCUCGAGAAAUUGUGGCAGAGAACCCCAAUUUCACCGUCUCUUCGGUUCAACAUGCGGUAUCGGGGCCCUCCCUAACCCUGGAUUCGAACCGACCUCAAGAAAUGGCGGCCGAGUAUGCAGAGGAUCACAUGGAGGUGGAGGAGGAGUCUCCUGUAGCGAAGAAAUCCGUGUCGGUUCCAGGAUUCCUCAAGAGGGUCAUGGAAGAGGAGAAGGGGGAGGUCAAGUGCAUUCUGGGGCGCCUGGUUAUUGUUGUCCAUGCUGUGUUCCUGGAGUCUGGUUUUCUGGUCUAUGAUGGCCAUGGAUUUCGCCUGCCGGAAGGAUGGGCAUCGUCAGCUACUAGUGCAGUGUCCGUUCAGUACACUCUCCCUGGUCUUGUGGGCUUAGGUAAUGAUGAAAAGGAUGUGAAAAUUGCCAUCUUGAAGUUUGCAGUAAUGGGGAAUUAUGUGACGGUUUAUGGGUAUGUAAGUGGAGAUCGUCCAGAUGUUUAUCGUGUGUGUUUUGAUGGAUCGAAGUUGGAGCCUUUGUUAAAUUUGGAUAUGGAUUCCAUGGAUCCAAAAGAAGAGAAGGAGAUUUUUCAACACUGGAAAGCAGUGAAAGAUGGGCUAUCUUUACAUCUCUUGAUUGAUAUCUGUCAGAAGAAUGGGUUGCCUCUGCCGGCAUGCUUCAUGCUCCUACCUGUUGAUCUCAAAAUCAAGGUUCUGGGGCUUAUUCCCGGUGUUGAUAUUGCAAAGGUUGCAUCCACUUGUUCGGAGUUGAGGUACCUGUCGUCAGAUGAUGAGCUUUGGAAGCAUAAGUUUGUGGAGGAGUUUGGUUUGCUGGAUGAGAGGCAAGUUGCUGGGAGAAGCUGGAAAGAAAAAUAUGCUUUCCAUUGGGUCAAGAAAAAGGAUGCAAACAAAUGGAUUGAAAGGGAAAACACAUUUGUAUGGCCCCAAAAUUAUUUUCGAAGGUUUCACCCAGUUGUUCCACAAAGGUUUCCAAUGCUUGGUGGAGAUUAUGACCGAUUCCCUGCAAUAGGUGGUUUUGGUCCAAGAGUGCCCAGAAUUGGAUUUCCUGGUCUUCCAUCUCGACGGAAUUUUUCACCUCCUUGCAAUCUUGGUGGAUUCAAUGCUGAGUUUGAAGGGUGAAAAGUAAUUCUCUGUUUUGUUGCAUGUUCAUUAGAUAGGUACUUCAGCAUAUAUGUUUAGCCAUGGCUGAUAAAUGCAUUUUUAAGUGUCAGUGUGCAUGCUUUUUUUAAGGCCUAGGUUGUUAAAGAGCUAUGUCAUUUGCUUCAAGAAGUAUUUGUAUGAUCCUGGUAUGUAAAUCAAGUAACCUGAAUGUUUACACCUGCAGUCUUAUAUGGUAUAUGCAAAUUCUUGUGAA